AUGUCUGAAACAACGUCUGUGCCUGCCCGCCGCCAAUCCGCCAGGCUUUCACGCAAGCGUGAGUCAGAACCAGAGGUAUCUCAGCCUGUGAAGCAGUCUCGUACAAGCGAGACAAAGAAGCAGGACAAGCCUGCUACCACUCCUACGGCUACGGCUUCGCCCAAAGCCCUGCGUGUCGGCGACGCGCUUCCUGAUCUUACGCUGCUGGAUCAGGAUGAGAAGCCUGUCAAGGUAGCCGAGUUGCGUAAGGCUGUGAUCUUCACGUAUCCUAAAGCAAAUACGCCAGGGUGUACCAAGCAGGCUCAAUGCUACCGCGAUGCCACGGACGACUGGACCAAGAUUGGCUAUAAAGUGUUUGGCCUGUCGAACGAUGCGCCGAAAUCCCAACGCUCAUGGGCUACUAAACUUGGCCUUUCCUAUCAAUUGCUUAGCGAUCCGAAACGUGAGCUGAUCGGUGCAUUGACGGGUGGCACUGCGAAGACGGCGCGCAGCCACUUUGUGAUCGGUGAGGACGGUACGCUGACGCUUUCCUCUGUGGGUGUCAAGCCAGUGGAGAGUUCGAGCGCGGCGCUAGCGUCUGUAUCGUCGACGUAG